GCGUCAGCGUUCUUUAACAAUAUGUUGUCGAUGAUAUAACCAUCGCCAACGUAUCAUGUGUGGUGUUUCCAUUGUUAGGUUAGAAAAUACUUUUGCGACUGUGUUGACAAAUAAUUAGUUCUCGAGAAACUUUGACCUUGACAAGCUGUAAAACAGAAAAUGUGUUCACUGAAUGGUUACAGAUGUAAUAGUAAUGAUGAUGAGAUACCAAAAAAUACGAAAGACUCAUUAAUAGAUAUCAAAGUAUGCAGAAAAUGCCGGAUAAAAGAUGUUGAUGUUCUACUGCUCGGUCAGAAUGGUUAUUGUAAUAUGUGUUUUCUAACUGCCACAAAUCAUAAAUUUAGAGCAGCACUUGGUAAAUCCAAAAUCAUCCGUCAUGGUGAUUCAAUACUAGUUGAUCACUCAGGUGAAUUGAAUUCUACCGUACUUUUACACCUGAUUAAAACUGGUAUGAAUGAGUCAACUCAUAAGAAACUCAUCUUCAAGACAACAGUUUUAUAUAUAGAUGAUGCUCUACCAAAUGAAAUAACAGAUGAAGAUAGAAAUAGCCUACAAUGUAAAAUUGCUGAACAAACAAAGAAUUUUGGAUUUGCCUACUAUAUUGUAUCACUGAGCCAAGUUUUAAACAAAGAUGACACAUUAGAUAUAAGACAAUUCGAUAAUCAGCUGGUAAAGGACAACAAUGAUGAACAGCUACAUGAGAUAUUGACCAAUUUGCCAGACAAUACUUCAAGAACAGACUUACUUGAACAAUUACGUCGAAAAUUGCUACUAUCUGCAGCUCGGAAACUUAAUUGCAACAAGGUGUUUGUAGCAGAUUCUACUAUGGACAUUGCCACAAAAGUUCUUGGAAAUAUAUGUUUAGGACGAGGUGCACAACUUUCUACACUUGCAACUUUUUGCGAUACUCGAUGCACAGAUAUCAAGAUACUCAAACCGAUGAGAGAUUUUACACAGCAGGAAAUGAUGUAUUAUUCUCAGUGUCAUUCGCUGAAUCCUAUUAAAUCAAAAAAGAUCAAUGUGACAACACAGCCAGCAACUUCCAUACAGGCUUUGACGUAUAACUUCAUUAUGGGAAUGGAGUCACAAUUUUCCAGCACAAUAUCCACUAUAAUGCGCACGGCUGAGAAAGUAAGUGCGCGGAAUAACAAGGACAAUCAGGAUAUGGAAAAUUGUGUUUUGUGCGAUGCAAGUUUGGAUUCUGUGUCUUCUGAAAACAAUGUCACUGCUAUGAAAGCAAUAGAAGUUUCUAGUCUAGUAUCUUCUAAAUAUUUCAACGCAAGGACUUCCGUUACUGAUAAAGAAAACGAAUCGUUUAGUGACAAGAAAUCGGAUCGAACGAGUCAAUGUCUGUCGAAUAAUCAAAAGUGUUGUAACAAUAAUAGCAGUCAGUGUGGUUGCAUGAACGGUAAAAUGGGUCAGUUGACUACGGAAGAUGUACAGAAAUGUUUAUGUUACAGUUGUCAAUUGAUAUUUCGGAAUUCAAAUCUUUUAAGCAGAUUGCCAGCAUCGUUAUUGUUCGCUGUUCAACAAAGAUUGGCUUUAAAAAAAAUGAAAGAGGAUAUUAGCGAUUUUUUAAUAUAAAUGAACAAUAGAAAUUAGUAUUAACAGAAGAAUAUCAUUUCCCAAUUUAAUAUUAUCUGAUCAAAUAGAAAUGCUAAAACUACUAAUAUCUCUUUUUGUAAUGUGAAUAAAUUCAGUAUGACGAAAAGUUAAUCAUUUGCGAAGUUACUUUACCGAAUUAAAAAAAAAUACUGUCAAUAUUGAAUUAUUUGAUUAGUAUAGCUUUUCUUAUUAUUAGGAGAACAAAAAAAUAUAAGCUCUAUUUUUAUUUACCUAUUUAAGUUGCUGGGACUUUCGCAAACUUUCGAAAAUAUAUAAAUAUAACGGAGCUUUUUUCAGUAUUUUCUGGAAAUUACGGAAAAUUUUGUACGUGAUCUAAUUUAGGUGAUCUAAUUUAGGUUCUCGCCUAACAAAGGAAAAUACGUUCGAUUGAGGCCGCUCGGUUUAUUUACGCCAUGUGUUACACGAGAAUCAGGGGGUGAAAUCCUUUCGGGAAUUCUUUCUGAAAUGUCCUCGCGUCUUAUUACGUUUGUACGAAACAUGCGAAUGUAGCUCUCAGUCUAUCGAUCGCAACACCGAAUAGGUGAAGGCCGGAGAGCAAGAUUGAGGAUGACGAUCGGGGGUUGAAUACAGACUAUGCUCGCGGAAUUCGGAGGGGAACGGGAGGAAGAGGAGGGGAGCGAAGGACCGAGGGAAUGGUUUGGAAUUAAUCAGUAUCGGUCUUCGGUAAAUAACCGUAACGAGGAUCCCUCGGUCAACUCAUCGGGCUCUCUAAGAAUUCGAGGAAAGGCUACACGCCGAGGCGGACUAUGGCGGUUCGAUAAUGAAGCUCCGAGUUUCCCGAUAGUGUUCGAAAAACGCCAGUAAUUUAUUUGGCAAGGAUAAGUUACUUUGGUCUUUGUUCUUUUCUUUUCUGUAUUUUGUCGCACGGGCAGAGUAACUGUCGAUACACCAUAAUAUGUUACACAUAAAGUUUAUAUAUUGAAUUCUUCAAUUUCAAAAUUCAUGAUUUAAUUUUGCUAUCCUCGAACUGUUAUCUAUUUUAUUUUAUCUGUAUCGAUUAGUUUUGAUUCUAACGUUUCUCCUACUUGAGAUGAAAACACAUUAAAAUUUCUUUGUAUUUUGUCGCUAAUUUUCUCGAAUGUUAUCACGAAGAAGGGAGCGCUGUAAACGUAAUCCGAAUUGAUUUUAGCGUAGAUAUUUCGCGUAUAUUGUUCCACCGAGAACCUCUUAUUUAAUAUCAAUAAUUAGCCAUUUAGCUAAUUGACAGAAAAUAUAUAAACGGAAGUGGUUAUUUGCGGUGUUUAUUUAUUUAACCUGAUAUAUUACUGUGUGGUAGAAUAGCGAAUUCGAUAAAAUUAUAUUUUACACUAUCAAUUGUAUAUAUUAGUGUAUAAUUUUGCA